AAGCGCUGGUCGUCCUAAUGGGUUGACCGCUACCAUCAAGGUGAAAGACCAUACCAUAACUCUUCUUCUACCGAAUACAAUACGUGAAGGCAUCGUACUAGAACUCCUUGCAACGUAUUUUUAUCCGGAGAAAUAACAUCCAAUCCUCACUAUGCUCGAUCUGCCCAACCUCCGAACUGUCCUCUCGCAGAUUCUUUCACCUUCGUCUCUCCAUACAGCAGCUCUCUUCACAACGACCGGUCAACUCGUGUCCUUCAUAUCGGACCCCCCAAGAUCUAAAGAUGAAGUCCGAGUGCUCGUAGGUUUGGGUAGUGAAGUAUGGCAGGAGACUAAAGAGCAGGGUUUUGGGACGGUUGACAGUGAGCUUGGACGCGUCCUUGUCACGUCGGUCGAUAAGGUUCCCCCUCCGAGUCAGCAAGAUCCCGCUAAAGAGCGAAAGGAAGAGCCUCUGCUUCUCCUGGCUUUGAAUUCCGAAAAGACUGUCCCAUGGUCAGAGCUUACAGCGAAAGCACAAGAGCUUAUUGACUAUAUGGAGGAGCCUGUGUCGAAACUUCGAGCCAAGCUCGCAGUCGCACCUACAUCGCCAAUUCUUCGUCCAGAACGGCAGCACCGUUGAAACUUGCUCUCCGGCAUGAUACCCCUUACAUUCAUGUGAGAAACACAGAAUCAGAAACAAAGCAGCGGUUUGCGAGGCAUACCUGUCACCUCGUACCAUCGAGGAUGAUGCGAGGUUGAAUGUAUUGUGAACCCUACCGAACAGUCCAGGUCAUUGUAGUUAUAGUUUUAUACAACAUUUGUUCUGGUAUAUAGCUAGCUCAUCGAAAGUAAUAUCAGUAAGCUGCGCAG